CUCAUCAACCAAAAAUUUUACAUUCUAGCACUAUUCAAACAGUUGUAGAAAACACAGAUGUUUCCCAAAUGUGGGAGAAUGAUUUGCGUCCUUUCCUGAUAGAGAGAUACUCAGGAUCACCAGGAAAUUAUGCCGUACGACAGCACAUUAAGCACCGUCUCCAAAGGCUACAGGCGGGCUGGGUAAUUGAAGAAGAUACCUUCCAGAGAUACACACCGUAUGGAUACCAAACGUUUUCAAACAUCAUCAGCACCCUUGACCCCUCUGCAAAACGCCACCUAGUCCUUGCUUGUCACUAUGACUCCAAGUUCUUCGGCCCACAGUGGCAGGGGAGAGUGUUUGUGGGAGCCACCGAUUCGGCCGUGCCGUGCGCCAUGAUCCUGGAGCUCGCACGUGCCCUGGAUAACAAGCUGCAGUCAAUCACGACCAGCUCAGACUCAAGACCAGACCUUUCACUUCAGCUUAUUUUUUUUGAUGGUGAAGAAGCCUUUGUUCAGUGGUCGCCUUCCGAUUCCCUCUAUGGAUCUCAACACUUAGCUCAAAAAAUGGUGUCUACUCCACACCCGCCUGGCUCAACCACCACAAAUCAGCUCCAGGGCAUUGACCUGCUUGUACUACUGGAUUUAAUUGGUGCACCAAACCCAGUCUUUCCCAAUUAUUUUCCGAACACUAUCCGAUGGUUUCAAAGGCUUCAAGCAAUUGAACAAAAGCUACACAACAUGAAUCUGCUUAAGAACCAUCUUGCUGAAAGACAGUAUUUCAGGCCUUAUUUACAUCGAGGCUUGGUUGAAGAUGACCACGUUCCAUUUUUGUUAAGAGGGGUUCCAGUCCUACACCUGAUUCCAUCCCCUUUUCCUGAAGUAUGGCAUACUAUGGAGGACACGGAAGAAAAUCUUGACAGAACCACUAUCGACAAUCUCAGCAAAAUUCUGCAAGUGUUUGUACUGGAAUAUCUCAAUCUGUGAUACGUUCACUGGCAACAAAUUAUAUGCUAUUUUAAAUACUGUUUACUCACUUUCAUGUUUGCAACUUAAAGUG